AUGCCGCCUCAGCCCCUACUAGCCCAAACCGCACCGUCGCGGUCCGAUGAAGCGCAGUCGGAUGACUCGUCAUUAACGGCUAGGGAGGAUGUCAUGUCUACCACUGAAGAGACGCCGCUGCUGCUGCCGGGGUCAGGGGAUGCCGACGGCGACGACCUCGACACGGCCAAGCAGACGGUCACGCGCGGACGGGCUGUGGCGAUCAUGCUGAGUGUUUAUGUGCUUAUCUUUCUGCAAGCCUCCAACAUGAGCGGCAUAACCAUGGCGCAGUCCAUAAUAGCGGCCGACCUCGACGCCUACGAGAACGCCAUGUGGUUCACGACGUCGUUCCUGGUGGCGCUGUCGUCGACGGCGCCGCUCUUCGGCAAGCUGGCGUCGGUGUUCCCGCCGCGCGCCAUGGUGCUGGUCGCGGCGCUGCUGUUUGGGGUCGGGUGUUUGAUCACGUCGCAGGCGCGCUCUUUUGGGGUGUUUAUCGCAGGAAGGGUCGUCACGGGCAUGGGUGGUGGCGGCACGAUGGUGCUGGCGCUGAUCCUGGUGCUGGAGCUUACUACGAAGAGGAAUCGGGGGGUUUUUGUUGGGCUUGUUAAUGCUGGUUUCACUACGGGUGUUUCAUUGGGCGCAGUCUUCUUCGGUGGUUUGAUAGAGACCACCGGUUGGCGAGCUCUGUUCUGGAUCCAGGUUCCUCUGAGUCUGGUGGCAGGUCUCGGUGUUUUCUUCAGUAUCCCGGGUUCCAUGACAUCCGGUCAGGGCUCCAAGGUUACUUCAACUCUGGGCACCAAACUCAAGCGCAUCGACUAUCUCGGCGCGCUGCUUCUGACCGCCACCGUGGUGCUCUUCCUGUUCGGCCUCUCCGGGAAGAUCCAGCCUAUCCCCCUCGGCGUGUCUCUGGGGACAGUGAUCCUCUUCGUCCUGACGGAGAGAUAUGUGGCAGCGGAUCCCAUUGUUCCUCUCUCCGUACUUCUGAACCGCGGAGCUUUGCUGUCUUGUGUGGCUCAGCUUGGCUUCAUGGCCGCCCGGUGGACGGUGCUGUUCUACGCCCCGAUCACGGCGCUGGCCGUCAUGGGCUUUCCCCUGGCGGCGAGUGGCAGUAUUCUCAUUCCUACUAACCUGGGAUUCGGCCUUGGUGGACUGCUUGUUGGUUGGCUGCACAUCCGCCGCGCAGGAAGCUUCUGGGCACCCAGCCUCAUCUGCUUCGGCCUCUUCGGCGCGAGCCUGCUGGCUCUCUCCUUCGCCUCCACUCCCGAAACCCCGCUCGCCCUGUACGUAACCAUCGUCUUUGUCAAUGGCCUCUUCACGGGCGCGGCGCUCAACUACACGCUGGCGCACGUGCUGCACCUGACGCCGCCGGACACGCACUACGUGGCCACGAGCCUGCUCGGCACGUUCCGCGGCUUCGCGGGGAGCUUUGGUAGUGCUAUCGGCGGCGGCAUCUUUGCGCGCACGCUGCGCGGCAGUUUGGAGGAUGGGCUUAGGGCCAUUGAUGGUGAUGGUAGUGGUGGUGGUAAUGGGGAGCUGGGGAGGGAACGUCGGGAGCUGGUACGGAAGCUGGUUGGGAGUCCCACGCUGGUGUAUAAUGGUGGGCUAGAGGAGGAUGUGCGGGCCGUCGCGGUAAGGGGCUAUGUUGAUGCCUUGAGGACCCUGUUUCAGGCGGCUGUCGUGCUGACGGUUGUUGUGCUGGUCAUCCAGGCUGCGACGGGGUGGAAGGGGCCGGGGGAUAAGGUGGUGGAUCGGGAGGAGGGCGCGGAUGGUGUGGAUCGGGACGGGGAGGGUGAGGAUUGA